CUAUCCGGCCAGCCCCCGCCGGGGCGGGCUGCCGCCAUAAAGGGUGGGCGGCCCGCUGCCCGCGGCCUACCGCUCCCUCGCCCGCCCCGGAGCCGCUGGCUGCCCUGACGCGCCACGCCACGCCGCGCCGAGGUGCCCUCUCUGUCCUUCAGCCCGGCGGGUGGAGGCAUCUGAAGAAAUAGCCUCAAGAUGAACUUCUUCCUAGAAACGUUGAAAGUCAUCGGAUUUGUUGUUUAUUACUUGCUAGAGUCGCUAGUGUUCUGGGUUGUGCCCAGACGGAAGAAGAAUGUUAGUGGUGAAAUAGUAUUAAUAACAGGAGCGGGAAGUGGCAUUGGAAGACUCUUAUCUUUGAAGUUUGCCAGCCUUGGAGCCACACUGGUUCUCUGGGACAUUAAUCAAGAGGGGCUCAAGGAGACAAGCAGACUGGCCAGAGAAAAUGGAGCAGUGAGAGUACACUCUUAUAUCUGUGACUGUUGCAAAAGGCAGGAUGUCUACAGAGUUGCUGAUCAGGUUAAAAAAGAAGUUGGAGAUGUUAACAUCCUAAUCAACAACGCUGGCAUUGUAACUGGGAAGAGAUUUACUGAUUGUCCAGAUUCACUUGUGGAAAAAAACAUGGAAGUCAACAUAAUGGCACACUUCUGGAGUUACAAAGCCUUCCUCCCAGCAAUGGUGGCCUCUAACCAUGGACACUUGGUUAGUAUUGCAAGUUCAGCAGCACUGACUGGAGUCAGGGGUCUUUCAGAUUACUGUGCAAGUAAAUUUGCAGCAGUUGGUUUUGCAGAGUCAGUUGAUUUAGAGAUGAGAUACCUGGGAAAGACUGGUGUUAAAACCACAAUUGUGUGCCCUUUCCUCAUAAACACAGGAAUGUUUGAGGGCUGUAGAACCAGGUGGCCAACUCUGCUUCCCAUAAUGGACCCAGAGUAUGUGGCUGAGAAGAUAAUGACUGCUAUUCGGCAGGACCAAGAAAUACUGGUGCUACCACGCAGCAUUUAUUUUUUAUUAGCUUUGAAAAGUAUGAUUCCAGUGAAAGUGAGUGUUCUCCUUAAGGAAUAUCUUGGAAUUUCCUGUUUAAUGGAUAGCUUCAAAGGUCGAGCGAAGGAGGACUGAAAAGGCGCAAAAUUCAGACCAGCAACUCUAAAGUGGAUCUUGUUAAAGAUGGUGGUGGAAGAGGUCUGCUUUUCUAGCAGCUGCGAGCUUAAGGUGCCUCACUUCUCAUUAGUAACAAUUUUUAAGGAAAUUGCUUUUUAAUUGGCUCUUAGCAGCUUUCACAAGAACUAUAUUUUUAAUCCAGUGAAAUUUCUUUUCACUUCAUUAUGGAAAUACAUUAAUUGAAAUUAGUUCCUUUGGUUAUGUCUGCUAUAAUGCCUUAAAUAUGAUCAUGCAUCACAAACUAAUAAUUCGCAACUUUGGGGGGAGAAGGGACCUAGAAACCACACAUUUGGCUGGGGGCCAGGAAAGUGAACUUGACUUCUUGCUGCCAUUCACUGAACCAUGAGGAGGGGCUGUACUGUUGAUGCCAUUACCAUUCCCCAGCAAGCUGAGGAAAUCAAGAGUUUCCUGAAAAACAGAUUCAAAUUUAUACAAAUGGUAGUUUUGUGAAAUGGAAAUAUGCACUGUGUUGGUGCAAAACCAAUGAAAUAUUUUAAUGUUUGGAGGUGGUGAUCUCAGGACUUAGAGAUGACCAUGGAUGUUGGAGUGGGGAGGAGGAAGGGUGUAAAUUAUGUAUUUGUGCUGCUAAUCUACUUUUUGUCUAAUUUAUUUUAAAAGCUAAUCCUAUGACUGCAGCUUUGCAGUAGAAGUCAUUGUAUCUUCUAAGUGCAAUAUUUUAAGAACAAUUCUAAAUUUUCAUCUCCUAAACUGAAGAAGCUUGUAGUCAUACAGCAUAAGACUGCCAGUCUAGGUGGGCUAUCAAACAUCUUGCCAAGUAAGGCAAUGAGCUACUAAAAGUAAACUGUAUAAUCAGGGCUUCUCUUGGGAUUAUUUCAGAAAGCAGUGAUGCUGAUAGAACUGGAGUGAAUGGGGUCCCGACAGUCAUAGCUUGAGUAACAGCAUUAUGUUUUGCUUCUCUGAAUUGAGUGGUAGGUUGCCUCGUGUCUAUAGAGACUUGCUUUACUUUCCCUCUUAGGGCUAUCCAUUUAUUUUGGACAUAUGCUGAGGCAGCCUUGCCCUUUUUGAUAACGACUGCUUAGAAAACUGAAAGCCCCCUUGACUUCUGGUAAAUCCAAAACAGGAAAAAGGAAGAUUAUACCUUAAAUGGAUGUAAUUUAUGCACAUGCUAGCCAAGCCCACCUCGUGUCACUGUACUCUACUGGCAAUUGGUAACACCUGCAAACAAAGACUAAAAUGCAUUAGCAUGCAAUUAAUUGAAGGACUGUAUGGAGAAAAGGGUGAUUUAUUUUUUUUCUUUUUAAAUGUUGUUUUUCCCAUGAUGGCCUAGAAACUACCUUCAUUUCCCUUGUCUAAACAAUUAGUGAGGUUUACCAGUGGAGAAAGGUUUACACAGAACUCUUUUACUACUUAUGAGUAAGAAACACUGAGUAAAACAAGCAUGUUAAAAAUAGCCUUACCUUUAUGAUGGAUUGAUGAGAGUUAGAAUUCAGACUGAUUAAGAGAAGAUUCGUCUUACAAUCCUUUCAGAUCUGCAGCUUUUCUACUUCAGAAAUUCCACUCAUUUUACAGUACGCUCCAGGAAAUGAAAGUUACUAAUUAAAAAACAAAUAUUACCUAAGUGUGCUGUCCAUAUGUACAUUGCACAGUUCCCAAAGUCAGCCACUGAUAGCUGUGGUCUAUCUGUGUCUUGCAGACUUCACCUUUUUACACCAACACAGCACACUUUUCACAUUUUUCCUACUAACUGUGAAAUACUAGGUGUGCAAGAUUCUGGAGCAAAGGAGGAGAGAAGUGGAUGAUGCAUAUGAACAGUAUGUACCAAACUCCAGCUCUUGAGAGCAAGUAGCUUUUCACUCUUAAUGUCUAUGUGAACACGUUCUGCUGAGGGGAAAUGAAAGCAGUGAGUCUGGCCAUGGGAUUUGUGGAUUAUGAAGUUUGUCACACCACUGGGAGGAUUUUACUUAAUAAUUUGUACCAGAGAAAUACAUCUCCAUAGGGAUUUAACUACUUCACAGAAUUAUUGAGCUUGGAGAGGAUCUCUACUUAGAGCAGGGUCAAUUAGAGCAGGUUUCUCAGUACUCUGUCCAGUCCAGUUUUGAAUAUCUUUACAUCUGGAGACUCUACAACCUCUACAACAUGUUCCAGUGUUUGUCCAUACUCAGUUUAAAAACAAAUAAAUGUAAACUAUGUUUAAA